AGAGAGAGAGAGAGAGAGAGAGAGAGAGAGAAUAUUCUCCCUUUGUUUUCUUUGAUCGAGUCCCCAGUUACACAUAUAGAGAGAGAGUGAGAUAGAUAAUGCGGAUUCAAGACUUUGUUCUUGAAUCUAUCAAGUUUAAAAAUUUGCAUCCGCUCAAGCUUUUGUAGUUGCUUUUGCUUAGAUAUUGGCAAUCACUGUUUGAGCUUUUUUGCUUAGUCCAUCUUCCUUUUUCAACCAAAGUUAGGAAACCUCCUCUUUCACUUUUCGCAACCUAACUUCUCAGCAAAUGAUGUCUGGAGAUGGUCUCUCUCUUCCCACGACAAUCAGGGGGUUUGUUCAUCAAGAACCCAACUCACUCACAAACCCUAACCCUAGCUCAAACCACUGCAAGAAGAAGAGAAGCUUACCAGGAACACCAGACCCAGAUGCUGAAGUCAUUGCUCUAUCGCCGAAAUCCCUCAUGGCGACCAACCGCUUCAUCUGCGAGAUAUGCAAUAAGGGCUUCCAGAGAGACCAGAAUUUGCAGCUUCACAGGAGAGGUCACAAUCUUCCCUGGAAGCUCAAGCAGAGGACAAACAAGGAGCUAAUCAGAAGGAAAGUGUACAUAUGCCCGGAGGAGACAUGCGUGCACCACGAUCCGUCGAGAGCGCUCGGCGAUCUGACCGGGAUCAAGAAGCACUACAGCAGGAAGCACGGGGAGAAGAAGUGGAAGUGUGAGAAGUGCUCAAAGAAGUAUGCGGUUCAGUCGGAUUGGAAGGCUCAUAGCAAGAUUUGUGGGACUAGAGAGUAUAAAUGCGACUGCGGAACCCUCUUUUCGAGGAAAGAUAGCUUCAUCACCCACAGAGCCUUUUGCGAUGCUUUAACAGAAGAAGGCGCACGUUUUACUUCACUUGCAAAUACUAAUCUGAACUUCGGCAAUGAGUUGAUCAAUGGGACCAUGACCAACAACACUGCCAGUGCCAAAAACUCUCCAAUUCCAAUGCCGGAUCAAUUUGAUGGCCAAAGGUCAUCAAGCCAGGUUCAAAUUUGGAUGAACCAUGUAGACCCCAAUUUAAACCCUCUUGGCCUAAUGGCAAGCAGCCGCGAUUCAUACUUAACCGCACCAGGUUCCGGGAGCUUAUUGCCUGACUUGGUUCAAGCAUCACAAUUGCCCAUUGGCAUGCUCAAGAACUACUCAAUACCAGCAUCAUUAGAAGCAUCUCUGAUAAAACAAGAAGAGAGCAUCAAGACCAACAUGUCAAAUCAGGCGAUUGGGACUCUGUACUCUAAUAAUCACCCUAGUCACCGAGCAAGCACAGGUCACAUGUCAGCAACUGCUCUUCUGCAAAAAGCAGCCCAACUGGGAUCAACCAGAAACAAUAAUUCAGCGUCAUUUUUGGUCAAUAACAAUACUGUGUUUGGGUCAAUGAGCUCAUCAUCUGCAUCCUCAUCAUUAUUCUCAUCAUCACUAUCUACAGCUUCCGACUUCAACCCCUACACUCCACAAACCAGGAAGAGUUCUCGUAUGUUGUUCAGGCAGUACCCAUCAAGUAAAGUUGAGAACAGCAUAGGCCAAACAGAGAGCCAGAAGCUCCAUGCAAGCCCAGAUGGAGUUGAGAACAGCUUGACCAGAGACUUUCUAGGAGUGGGGAGUGAAAACAGGCCGUUCUUGAUACACCAAGAGCUCAGUAGGUUUUCUUCUUCGGUGGGUUCUUCCAUGGAGGAAGCAGGUGAGCCAGCGGAAUUCACGCGAGAGACGAGCUUGACCCAUUAGUAGGUUUCCCAAUUACAGAUCUACAAGGUGUGAGCGGUGAAUAAGUUCUUGUACUUACAAAUUUGAUGUGGUUUAUUAUUUGUUUGAUGGGCAAUAUUUGUUUACUAAAACAAUCCCAACUACUUUAGUGAGCUAGGAUUCGGGAUUUCAUGUUGAAACUCGUAGUGGGUUCGAGACAGGUUCAAAAUAACAACAUAUUUAAUGUGACAAGUUCAACACAAGAUUUACCCUCCCGAACCUGUCCCCCUUCCAUUGAGCCUACUAAAGCUGGGUAGGCCUAAAUUGACACAUAUCAAUAGGACGUAUGGUAAAGUCUGUUUGGUACAGUUUUCUUGCAGCAACUAUAGCCGCGAAAGGGGAUGUUGCGGAGUGCAUCGUAGACAAACUUCCUAAAUAAGAAGUUCCCUCGCCCAGCUAUAAGGUUCUAUAGUUUUAGAAUAUAUUUGACUAAAUACAUAGAUUAUAGUAUUUCAGAUGCAGAUAUAAUGCAAUAUGACUCUAAAUAUCCACAUUUAGACCAUAUGGAAACUCGAAACAAGUUAAAAGAGAAGACUUUAUUACAUUCGAAUCCAAAAACGAUGGUCACAAAUACCCAAAGGAAGAAACAAAAGGAGAGACGGAAAAAAAACAAACAAAUCCAGUUUCAAGAGAGAUAUCGUCUCUCGACCCAUA